AGGGGGGCGGUAACUAUACAUUCAGGAAGAGGUCCAUGGACUGUAAACUCUGCUAGGAGCUAAUUAGCUUGCUAGGUGAAUCUGAUGGAAAAAUAACUCCGUUUGGUCGUUAAAUCGUCGUUAACCAUGUCUGCAAGAAACCCGGGCAUGCCACUUGACCUGGAAUGGGUGUCCAAGGUGCGGGUGAACACCCAGGCAGUGCUGAAGAGAGCUCAGCAGAUCCAAGGACGCAAUAAGAACAAGAAACAGUGGCAGGCGGCGUGGCUGCUGCGGGCGGUGACCUGUAUUGACCUGACGACCCUGGCCGGUGACGACACGCCCGGCAACGUCCACCGGCUGUGUAUGAAGGCGACCCAGCCGGUACGCUACGACCUGCUGAAGAGCAUGGACAUGCAGGACAAAGGUGUGACUACUGCAGCGGUGUGCGUGUACCCGUCUCGUGUGGCUGAUGCUGUGAAGUCACUGAAAGCAGCCAACUCCAGCUUACCUGUCGCCUCAGUGGCGACCGGUUUCCCUGCAGGCCAGACCUCUCUGAAGACCAGGCUGGAGGAGGUCCGUAUGGCUGUAGAGGAUGGAGCUAUGGAGAUAGAUAUAGUCAUUAACAGGACUCUGGCCCUCACUGGCCAGUGGGAAGCCAUGUAUGAGGAGGUGUGUCAGUUCAGAGAGGCCUGUGGGGAGACUCACAUGAAGUCCAUCCUGGCUAUAGGAGAGCUGGGGACCUACACCAAUGUCUACAAGGCUAGUCUGGUGGCUAUGAUGGCUGGGUCGGACUUCAUCAAGACGUCAACAGGGAAGGAGUCUGUCAACGCUACCUACCCUGUCGCCAUAGUGAUGGUCAGAGCCAUCCGGGACUACUUCCUGAAGACUGGUCAUAAGGUUGGUUUUAAGCCUGCUGGUGGGAUCCGUACAGCCAAGGAGUCGUUGGUGUGGCUGACUCUGAUGAAGGAAGAGCUGGGAGACGAGUGGCUGAGCCCUCACCUCUUUAGACUGGGGGCUAGUAGCCUGCUGGCUGACAUAGAGAGACAGAUCUACCAUCACGUGACUGGUUGCUACGCAGCCUAUCACCAGAUGCCCAUGGCCUGAAACCACGGUUACCAUUUCCAAAGUGACCAAUCCGAAACCUCACCCGAACCAGCCUAUCGCUGUGCAGAAAAUUCUUACAGGUUACCUGGAAAAUAUCUCUGUUGUUGGACUUGUCAGGAAUGUGUUAAUUUGAGAUGAUGACCAGAUCAGGUGAAGAAAAGAGAGAGCCUGUCAUUUUACUGUGUACAGUACUACUGGUAUAUCUGUCAUUUUACUGUGUACAGUACUACUGGUAUAUCUGUCAUUUUACUGUGUACAGUACUACUGGUAUAUCUGUCAUUUUACUGUGUACAGUACUACUGGUAUAUCUGUCAUUUUACUGUGUACAGUACUACUGGUAUAUCUGUCAUUUUACUGUGUACAGUACUACUGGUAUAUCUGUCAUUUUACUGUGUACAGUACUACUGGUAUAUCUGUCAUUUUACUGUGUACAGUACUACUGGUAUAUCUGUCAUUUUACUGUGUACAGUACUACUGGUAUAUCUGUCAUUUUACUGUGU